AUGAACCGCCGGCAACAAGACAACUCGUACGGCACUAUAUGUGCGAAGCUGUGCGCCGUGCGUUGGCGGCAUCGUUUCGAACAUGGAUAUGACCCUGGAGUUACUGCUCAUCAUGCCUUACUCCUGCGCGGCAUUCGUCGUUUCACGAAUCCGGUUGUCAAGCAGCAACCGCUGUCGCCGAGCUUACUUCGGCAAAUCUACACUCUGUUGGAUAUCUACCGACCUAAGUAUCAGCUCCUGUGGGGUGGUUUACUGCUCGCGUACUUCUUUUUGCUGCGUCGGUCAGAGUACCUCUACAUCGGCAAGAAGUUUCACCCCUUCGUACUUCGACUCAGCGACAUUCAGUUUUGCGAUAAUGAAGGGCAGGCCAUUAAGCCGCGGAAGGCUUCGAUCGUGGGUAUCCUACUGCGGGGAGCGAAGAAUAAUCAGUUUGGAAGAGAAGAGUUUCGAUUUCAACACGCCUCGGGGGACUCUUUGCUGUGCCCCGUGCGAGCUGCACGCUGGAUCAAGACGGCGGCAAAACGACUAGGAACAAGGCCUGAUGAACCAGCCCUCAAGAUGGGCGAUUCCGGCGGUGUGUCAUCCGGCCAAGUCGCUAAGAUAAUCAAGGCAGCAGCUACCAAGGCCGGUCUCGAUGCUUCUCGAUUCUCAACUCACUCUGUGCGGAUCGGCGGUGCAACCAAGCUGCUGAAUGCUGGUGCAGACCGAUUAGUGAUUAAACUGCUCGGGCGUUGUCUCUCUUCCUGCUUCGAAGACUAUCCCGUUCUAACCUCGGAAGGCACCGCUGGAUUGUCCAAGUUGAUGUGCCGGUAAUCGACAUGGAGAGAUGCGGUAAGGUACUGCUGGGUCGUUCAAGUUGAUGAACGCGAAGUUGCAGUGGUCGUG